CUCCUUGGGGGUGUGAACAGGCGCCUGGACCGCAGGGGGCGGGUUUAGUGUAUUGUACGAGGACAUCGAUUGUAUGCUCCUUCCUGGAAGAUGACACUGUCCCGGACUGUUAGCGGACUGUUAGUAUGGCUCCUCAAGUGGGUUAAAGCUGGGGCUAUGAACAAAGUACCGCAGUGUGCCGACGGCGGCCGAGAUGGCAUGGUAAGCGUCGAUUAUAAACGUCGAGUUGCAAGUCCAAUGGCUGGAUGGGGUGUGCCGCAAGGUCGGUCAGCAUCGGUUAGCAGUUAGUGGCCUACCCCUGGCUGCGGACUACCCGUUGCGCAGUCAUCCAACUGCGCAACCACGCAAACAAGCUGACACAGGUCCAAAGUUCAAGAAGA